AUGGGCCUUUUCAGCAAGGCUCGCGGCCGGCGUGGUCCGAAUGUUGACCUCCUGGCGGCGGCCUUUGGCCUCCCAUUUACGCCUGGCGGACGAUCUGGUGGCAAGAAUGGUCGCAUCAGGAUUGAAUAUGAUUCUGAGGACGAUGAAGAAGACGAAUUAGAUUCACAGUCUGAGAGCUCUGCUCCCUCUGACGACGAGGAAGAGGUCCGCACCGAGAGACGUCCUUCACUAAGGAAGAGAGACAAGGAGAAGAACAAGAAGGAGAAGAAGAGCCUUUCUAAGAGACGACACUACCAUCGCCACCAUCGAAGGUCCUCCUCUUCCCUCUCCAACUCCAAGAGGUCCUCGGCCUCUUUCUCGACCUCUCGCCGGUCAUCUGCCCACGCCAUGCCCAAGCAUGUCGUUGCUUCUUGUGUACGACCCUCAGCAACAUUCCCGCCUCUCACACCCCUUCAUGAGUCGGGAAACCACUGUACUAUUCCCGCUUCGGCUUUUUCUGCGUCUAAUCUUAAUCAACCUUUUGGUGCUGUGCCCGUUCGGCCACAGCAACCAGUGUACUAUCAAAACCCAGUUGCUUUUGUACCAAAUCGACCAUCGACUGUUCAGGUGCCGGUCCAGACGGCCCAGUAUCUCACCAGCGAUAUUGCGCAACCUACCGCCGCGCCUCCUUGUUCCAAGUCACCAAUCGAGAAGCCCAAGGAGCGAAGCCAUGGAAGCACCAUUUCUGACUGGGCUGAAGACUCGGGGCCCUACGCCAAAGAACUGCAGCGCAUUCAGAAGCGCAUCGACGGAAAGAUGACGGAUCUGUCAAAGCAGCCGGCCAAUCAGUUUCUUCGUCAAGACCUUCGUUCUCUCCAAGACAAGCUCAACUCGACACUGAACAAGGCCAUAUCGGGCAAGGCCACGAUGCAUGCCAGACUCCCGUCGACAUCUACCACACCCGGCUCUCCUCUGUUGAGACUCAAAUCACCACAGCUUCCCUCCGAGAACACUCUUGGUGAGACCCGAAUCACCCAGAGAGCCAUUCAGCAAGAACUACAGAGUCAGGGAGAGCAGAGCCCGGAGCGUGGUGACGAAUUUCACUUCUGCUACUAUUGCGGCGUUUCUCGCUCCGAAAAAUUCCAUAAAAGGUAUCCCUACCCUCCGGAUGGAAUACGAAAGCUCAGUAUCUGUGCGAAAUGCCAGGACAUGAGGGUCAAGCGAGGGGUGGCCGAGGGCUAUCAUUUUUGCUUCAGCUGCGGCUCUGCGCGAUCUAGAGAGUUUCACAGGGAGCAUCCCGUCCUCCCAGGCGAGCCCAUCCUGCGAAACUAUUGCGGCAACUGCCGGAUGGAGGUCCAAGGCGACAUUGGCCUUGUCGAGAUGUCUGUCCUUGGCACAGGCUCUCCAGAUAAAAGGACGCGGUGGACACCUCUCGAAUCCGAUCCUGAUGACGAAGUCGACUCCAUGGUCCCUCAGUGUGCGAGCACCCGUGGGCCGUCUCGUGUUAGAGAUCAGUUUCUCAAGUCUCCAGUUCCGCAUAGAAGAGCCCCCUCUCCUCGACGCUACGGCACAAUGGACAAGAAACACCGCGACAGGGACCAGAUUCACGAGUCUCCAGCUCCCAAGAGAGAGGCUUCUUCUCGACAUCAGGACGCUCGGUACAGAGAGCCUCGUGACAGACGCUCUGGGCCCCUUGGUCCUAACGACGCUCGUCCGAACCAUCGAGAUGUCUCCCCGCUCUCCCCGGAUUAUCCUACUCGUGUCACUGGAUCUGCUAGCCGCAGAGCUCAGCGUCGCUCUUCUGGACAGAUAGAUACCGAGUCUAUUCCUCGACCCGAGAAGCCUGCCAACUAUCGAGCACCUUACAUCGAAGAUCUCGCGCCAGGGCAUCAUUCUCGAGGACAAACUCCCACUCCAUUCGAUGAAGCACAUGUGCGUGAGCGUGGUAGACCCUCGUCCCGUUUGACUAAAGAGAGAUCGCCCAUGGAGCGCCCCGGACGGGCAAAGGAACAACCAUUCGAGCAUGCUCGACCUCGAGAGGCGUCCAUCGAGUCCGAUAGAUCCGGUGACUCUAUCCCGACCUCAUCCAAGUCGUCUGGCAGCAAGACUGUGCGAUUCAAGGACUCUGUUGACAUUCGAACGACUCUGCCAACAGAUACUGAGGCAUCUGAGGCUGAGACUGACACUCCUCUGGACAACAAGAGAUAUUCUCGACCUCCCAGCUCGCCUCUGAUCUCUCGCCAGAAGUCUAGUUUUGGCAACUCCCACGAAAAGGACAAGGAUACCCGCGACUACCUUCACCCUCAUCGUGGUCGGUCUUCGAUGAAGAGUCCGGGGUCAGGUUUCCGAACCCCUGAAAGCUUCAGAACGACGACUCCUUCUAAAGGAUACUCUCAGGGCGCAUUCAGCAGAGACUUUGAUCGAGCCGAAGACCGUGGUUUCUAUUCUAACCCUAGAUCUCCUCACGAAACCAAGUUUGCCGACGAGAGUGGGUUCCGAAGACCCUUUGCCUACACUGCCGACGAGUCCAAGGACACUCACAAUCACUAUGAGGAGUACUUGGAGUCUACUACUUCAUUGCCAUCCUUCCUCCCCUCGGGCGGCGGCUUCGGUUCCUUCUUCAACAAGUCCAAGAACAAGGCGUCGACUGCCCCUGAAAGUCGGGCUAGUCCCUUUGGCCGCCACCAGUCUGGCCACGACUUCAAUGAGACUGCUGGAGACUACCAAGAAGAAUUCGGCGCUUACAGGUCGGCCGAGGGUUAUGGGACACCGUGCCCAGGGCCUCAGCCUUACACGAACGUCAACACUGCCUUUGCUGAUGACGACUUCUACACUUCAGCUGCAGACGAUGCCGGAAGCAACCCUUACUACACGCCCCGCAAGCGUCGGUUCCCUGGGUUCUCCUUCUACAGCGCCCCUGACGGCUGCUCUGAGAAGUCAGCCAAGCAGAGCAACCGUCCCAGUUCCCCUGGCAAGCCGGACGAGUUCUACUGGAACAACGGGUUCGACCCCGUCCCCAUUGUUGAGGAGGCAGGUUCCUUCUGCGAGAUCUCCUCUGAUUGCGCGAAUGAUCUUCUUGAGUACCACACCCUCUCCGACGCCUCAUCCAUCGAGACGGACGACGACGAGGAUGGCUCCGACAGAGACUUUAGCACCUCGGACGAAGACACUGACGAGAACAUUGUCACCGAAGGUAAGCUCGUACUUCACCCUACCUCGGACAGCGAUUCUGCCUAA